AUCUGUGUCAGUUUAUUCAAAGCUGUCGUGAGAAUCGAGCGUAUUUAGCGUCGAGCUCUCCGAGUGCUUUAUUUAUGUUUUUAUCGAGUGCCGGAACAAUAUUUGAAAAUAGAAUAUUUUCGAUAUUAUAAAAAUACAAUAUUUUUUUUGUAAUAAUUAUUAUUUCGAUACCUAAGGUACGUUAUUUAUAUAGGAAAAUAACUCGAAUGGAUUGUUAAAUUAUGUGUAGCUAUAAGAAACCGGGAUAGUGUAGCUGCUACAGGUUGAUGCGUAAAGAUAGGAAUUUUGGCUAAGUGCGCUAUUUGUGUUAAGUUGUGCGUAGUGAAUAUUUUUGAAUAUUUGUUUACACGGUGCGUUGUCCUUUUAUUUGAUAUGUGGGGUCUAAACUAAGGGACUCUAGCUGAUAAAAUGACGCCGGUUGAGGCUGGAGCCGCCCUGCUGAUUCUGUUAGCGGCGGCUCUUACCUCCGCCGAUUGGACUUUAAUGUAUCCCGGUAUCCCGCGGGAGGGUUUACCCGCUGACACCGGGGACGACUUGACCUGUGAUCCGACGCAGUGGCCCUGCGCUGACGGGUCGCGCUGUCUGCCGGCCUCCUGGCGCUGCGACACACGACCACACUGUCCAGAUGCCUCCGAUGAGAUCGACUGCGUGUGGAACACGACCUGCGGCGCUGGGCAGUUCCGUUGUGUGAACAGCGGUCUCUGUGUGGCGGCCAGCUGGCGCUGUGACGGUGACCCAGACUGCGGUCCACACGACUCCUCAGACGAAGACCCCUAUAUGUGCCAGAAGGACUUCAAGUGUCCAGGAGGCCAGGCCCGCUGUGCCACAGCUGAGGAAGGGCAGUUCUUGUGCGUCGCGGUGGCGCACUUCUGUGAUGGAAUACGACACUGCACCGACGGCUCCGACGAGUGGGAUAUAUGUGACAACUUCACGGAGUCGUCAUGUUCCGCCCUGGGCUGUCCCUGCCGGCCCACACACGAGGGGUACAAAUGUUCCUGUGCGCCCGGGUACGAACACAACGGGCGAACAUGUGUCGACAGCGAUGAGUGUUCAUGGGAGGGCACGUGUACUCAGCGCUGCCGCAACACGGCGGGCUCUUACGUGUGCUCGUGUGUGACGGGCUACGCUCUAAGCCCUGAUAACAGCUCCUGCGAUCCUGAUUCAUCAUCACCGUAUGCGUCGCUGAUGGUCGCGAGUCAGUUAGGCGUACACCGACAGGCUCUACACCCUGCUACCACCGACGCCACACGGCCUGCGCUGUCCGUGCGGGCGUUGGACAUGCUGUAUAGGAACAGGUCGGUGUGUUACAUCCACAACAACAUGAGUCGCUCGUCCCUGGUGUGUGUGGAUGCUGAGGACUUCUCCAAGGUCACGGUGCUGCCUACACCGCAGCUGUUCCCUGAUCUGGACUCUGUAUCCCACCUCUGUAUCGACUGGUCGUCCCUCAACUGGUACCUGUCCGACGAGGCCCGCGAGGCCCUGUACGUGUGCGAGCCGGGCCUGCGUUACUGCCGCGUGCUGUGGGACUCCGGCCUGUCCAAACUGCGAGGACUGGCCGUUGACCCCGCCGCAGGACUAAUGUUCUGGAGUGUGUGGGGGGCGGCGGCCCCCGGUGUGAUGGCGGCGUCCCUGUCGGCUCGGGGCGCGCGCUCCCUGGCCGACACCCGCCUGGUGUACCCCGCGGCCCUGACCGCCGACCUGGCCGCCCGCCACCUCUACUGGGCGGACGCGUACCUCGACUGUGUCCAGCGAGUCAACUAUGACGGCUCACACAGAAUCACCGUGCGCAAGGGAUAUGUGAGUCAGAAGCUGCAGGGCAUGUCAGUUCUCGGCAGUCGCCUGUACUUGCCGGUGUGGAAUAACAGUUCGGUGGCGGUGGUGUCCCUCAGGAGGGUUCACGGCUACUCCUACUACGUCGAGCUGCCGUCCAGACCCACGGCCGUCCUCGUCUACCAUCCGCACAGACAGCCGCCCUUAUCUCACCCGUGCUCCAGUAACCGUGGCGGCUGUUCCCACAUCUGCAUCACUUCUUACCGCUCGACCGGCUCCCCUCACGCCCUGUGUGUUUGUGCACACGGGUACAGACUCACGGGACACGGCGACUGCGAACGCGUGGAGGUGGAGAGCUACCUGGUCGUAUCCCGCGGGUCGCCGCCCCAGGUGAGCGGCGUCCCGCUGGUGGGCGAGGGCGCGCGGCUGGGGGCGGGGGCGAAGCCCGACGUGCAAGACUGGGAACCCUUCGUGCCCGCAACACACGCCGCACGACCCACGGCCGCUGACGUGGACUUGGCGGAACAGAAACUGUACUACUGUGAUGUACACAGAUACGAGAUCGUCCGCCAGAACCUGGACGGCUCGGGCCGGGAGGUGUUCGUGGAAGAAGACGUCGACAACUGCGAGGGUCUCGCGGUGGACUGGAUGGGCGGUAACUUGUACUGGACGGACGACGCCCUCGGGCAGCUGAACGUGGCCAGGAUGAGGGGCGAGGCGCGGGGAGCCAGGCUCGUCCUCAUGAGGGAGGCCGCCGCACACCCGCGGGCCAUCACCCUCGACCCAGCUAAUGGCGUGAUGUACUGGUCGGAGUGGUGGAGCGCGGGUCCGUCCGGCGGGCGGAUCCUCUCGGGCUCCAUGGACGGCUCUGGGCGCCGCCCGCUCAUCACGGACGACCUCCGCUGGCCGGCGGGGCUGGUGCUGGACUCUCCCCACAUGACGCUAUACUGGUGCGACACCUAUUUGAAUAAGUUGGAGCGUGUGCGAGUGACGUCCUCGGGGGAGAAGGCCCCGGGCGCUGUCAGGGAGCUGGUGGCGGCUCUCACCAAACAACUGCCGAUACUGAAGCCCUACGGCCUGGCGCUGUAUGAAGAUUGGUUGAUAUGGAGCGAGCACGGCUCGGGCCUGGUCCGCCGUGUGCUGGUCCACAACACCUCCCUCGUGCAGACCUUGAGGGCCUUUCCCCCGCCGCUGUACGACAUACGACUGGUGACGGCGGCCUCCAGGACCGGUAAAAACGCGUGUUCCUUCAACAACGGUGGUUGUUCGGAGUUGUGCUUGGCCACGGUGGGCGGCGGGCGGCGGUGUGCGUGCGGGGACGGGAGGCAGGCCGAGGUCGGCGGGGGCUGCGGGAGCAAUGCCACGGGGAUCUCGCUCUGUGACCAGGGGAGCUUCGACUGCGGACACGGUCGCUGUAUCAACGCGAGCCUGGUGUGUGACGGUGACAAGGACUGUCCCAACGGCUCCGACGAGGACGCCUCCGCCAAUGGACCCUGCGCAAACGUGACGUGCGUCGACGAUCAGUUCAUGCGGUGUGACACCAACCGCUGUAUACCGAAGAGUUGGGCGUGCGACGGGAUGAAAGACUGUGCCGACGGUGAAGACGAGACGUCGUCGUGGUGCAGGGCGGCGGCGUGCGGCGCGGCUCAGUGGGCGUGCGGGCACUCCGGGCGCUGCAUCCCGGCCGCCUGGCGCUGUGACGGCGCCGCGGACUGCGGGCCCGGGGACCGCUCCGACGAGAGUGACUGCGCCGCCCCGGACUGCGCCGCCGGCUCCUUCCGCUGCGGCCCGGGAGCUUGUGUGCCCUGGGAGUACGUCUGCGACGGACACGCCGACUGCAAGGACGCGGCCGACGAGCGAGCCUGUCCCGCCGCGCCCGCCCCGCCCCUACCCUCCGACCUGACCCCAUACGGACACAUUCACCAUCAAAAUAACAGCGAGAAGCAUGGCCUGUGCGAGGAACACGAGUUUCAGUGUAACAACAGAGAGUGUAUACGACAGGAAUUCCGCUGCGACUCCAGAGUCGAUUGUCUCGACGGGUCGGACGAGCAGGGCUGUACGUCGAUACACAGCACUCCGGCCACCACCACCACCACCGCCUUCACUACCACCGAAGCGGCUAAGGACGAGUGCGCUCUGCCAUCCAUGAGGUGCGAUAACAACUCACGCUGUGUGCCGCUGCAGCAGCAGUGUGACGGAAGCAUGGACUGCGGCGACGGAGCCGACGAGGCCGACCGAUGUGGAGAGCCCAUGUGUCUGGUGGCCGCCUGCUCCCACUCCUGUCACCCCACACCCCGGGGACCCGCGUGUUCGUGUCCGCCACCUCUUGUACUGAAGGAGGACGGGUACACCUGCGCUCAGGCGCACCCCUGUACCGCCUGGGGGGUGUGCAGUCAGACCUGCAGACCGCACAAAGACCGCUACAAAUGCACCUGCUACAAGGGCUACCGGCUGGCGGACGACGGCUUCACUUGCAAGAGUACAGAGGCGGGGCGCGCCCUGUUGGUGUUCAGCACGAGGCACGAGGUGCGCGGCGUGGAGCUGCCGGCCCUAAGGGCGCGGCCGCUGCUCUCCGCGCUUAGGAACACGAUCGCACUGGACUGGCGCCGCGGACCGGACGGGCUGCAGCUGUACUGGACGGACGUGGUGGAUGACGCCGUGUACCGCGGAACGCUGGCCGACGACACCGUGGCCGCCGUGGAGACGGUGGUGAGGAGGGGACUCACCACGGCGGAGGGACUCGCGGUCGACUGGGUCGCCGGGAACCUCUACUGGGUCGAGGGCAGUCUGCAUCAGAUAGAGGUCGCGUGCCUGGAUGGAAGGUAUCGGCGCACGCUGAUCACAGGAGACAUGGACAGCCCGCGAGCCAUCGCCCUGGACCCCAACGCAGGUUACAUGUUCUGGAGUGACUGGGAGGCGGCCGCUCCUCGAAUAGAGCGGGCAUCUCUAGCGGGACGGGACCGCCGCGUGGUGGUGCGGGUGGGCGACGGCAGCGGCGAGGUCGCGGGGGACGGGAUGAAGGGGGCGCUCCCCAACGGACUGGCGCUGGACCUGCCAGCGCGCCGCCUGUACUGGGUGGACGCGCGAGCUGACUCGCUCCAGUGUGCGGACUACUCGGGUGGCGACCGGCGGCUGGUGCUGAAGGGUCAUCCGUCGCUGGCUCAUCCGUUCGCGGUGACGGUGUUCGAGUCUCACGUGUACUGGACCGACUGGAGGUCCAACAGCGUGGUCCGCGCUAACAAGUGGAAUGGAAGCGAUGUGGUGGUCGUGCAGAGGACGCUCACACAACCCUUCGAUGUCAAGGUGAUCCACCCGAGUCGUCAGCCCCGCAGUGAUCACAACCCUUGCACGAACAACGGGAACUGUUCCCACUUGUGUCUGAUCGACUCCGCUACCGACCGCGUCUGCGCCUGUCCGCACCUCAUGAGACUCACACACGAUAACAGGACUUGUGAAGUGUUCGAGGUGGUGGUAGUGGUGUCCCAGAGUGGGGUUGUGCGUGGUGUGUGGGCUGCAGACGGCGGGCCCGCGCUGGCGUCUCUGGCCGGGCCGCAAUUGGCCUCACCUGCCUCGCUCGCUCCACUCACGACAGAUUACGAGAUAUACUGGGCCGAUACUGAGACGAACGAGAUCAAGUCAGCAGACGUGCGGUCGGGUCGCGUGCGUACAGUGUGCGACGCGGGUGUGCGAGCUCCGCGUGCGCUGGCGCUGGACUGGGCGGCGCGGGUGCUGUACGUGCCGCUGAGGGGCGGACUGGCUGCCGCCGGCCUGCAAGGGGAACACGCCACCGUGCUCAUCGAGAACGUGGAACCGACCGCCAUGGCCGUCCAUCCUCUCAGAGGCGAGUUGUUCUGGGCGACCGGAGACGUCAGUGGCGGUGGUGGGGGUGAGCGGGUGGAGCGGUCUCGGGGUGACGGCUCCCAGCGUCGCGUCCUGCUGAAGGCAGAAAAAGACACACAUCUAGGAGGAGUCAUCGGUAUGUCUGUGGAUAUAAAAUCAAACCGCCUGUACUGGGUGAACCAGAACUCGGCCACCAUACAGUACAUGGACCUGGACACGGAGCGAGUCACCACGUUACCUCUACCCUUAGGGUCUCGUCCUCGCGCCCUAGACGUGUUCGACCAGCAGAUGGUGUGGGCGGACGAGGCUACCGGCACCCUGCAGACGUGUCCGCCAGACCACUGUACACAAGCAGACAUCAUGAGGAACAACACCGAGGGUGUUCUCUCCCUGGCCGUGUUCGACGCGGCUCGCCAGCAGGGCGCGAACCGGAGCGCCUGUGCCUUGAGGAAGAAGCCUUGCAGCCAGCUCUGCCUGGCGUUGUCCGCUACCGAGUCCACCUGCCGCUGCGCCACAGGAUAUACCGCCAACGGCACCGACUGUAUACCGUCAGACGACGUGUUAGUGUACUCCUUGAGCUGGGAACUCCGUGGUGUGUCGCUGCAACAGUCCCCGCAGGACGCGCUGCCUCCAGUGCCGCAGGUCGCCUGCGCUGCUGUCAUCGACUACGAUUCUGAUGGUGAAUGGAUCUACUGGGCUGACCCGGAGGGCGGCGCGGCGUGGCGUGCGGGGCGGGCGGGCGGCGGUCGUCAACGUGUGCUGCUGCAGGCUUCUGCUGGCGGUGCUGCAGACUCUCUCUCAGCACUCGCCCUCGACCCUCUCGCCAAACAGCUGUACGCGGCCGAUGCGGCCAGGGCCCUACUCCUCCUGGCUCGAGCUGAUGGUAGCCAUCGCUACGUCCUGAGAGACACCAGCCCGCUCGUUGUCACUACGUUGGUCUUGGACCCGUGGGCUGGCUGGAUGUUCCUGGGCGGGGGAGGCUGGAUCGAACGCGCUCGGCUUGACGCGUCCUCCCCCUCCCUCCUCUACAACGGGACCGCGCUGACGGACAUAGCGCUGGACGUACGGGACCAGCUGUUGUAUUGGACGGACACCUGGGACGUGUCCCUGUGGUGCAUGAGGUACGACGGCGGGGGGCGGCGGAGGGUGCACGCGGGCGCCCCGCUCCAGCACCCAGUGGCAGCCGUGGUGCACGCCGGACGCCUGUACUGGCUCGACACGGCUCUGGAACACGGCAGCGUGGCCGCGGCGCCCCUCACCAACAUCAGCGACUACCGCCUGCUGGCCGACCAUCAAGGAGACAGCCUCAAAGAUCUCAUGAUCUGGUCGAAGUCUUCCCGCUCGGAGUUGGAGGUGCGGAACCCGUGCGCGAACAACUACUUCGACUGCGAGGCUCUGUGUCUGUGGGACGGACACACGGCCCGCUGCGCCUGUCCUCACGGAGACCUCGCCACCAACGGGAAGAACUGCACACCGUACACGUCUUUCUUGAUGUACUCCCGGGUCAACAUGAUAGACACCAUCCACCUGGCCAGCGACAAGGAACUCAACUCGCCCUACCCGCCCAUUGACAAUAAGACCUUAAUGCGUAACGCGAUCGCCCUGUCCUACGAGUACUCCACCUCCACCGUGUUCUACUCCGACAUACAGCGCGGCUCGCUCCUGGCCGUGCACUUCAACGGGUCACGUCACAGGGAGAUCUUGCAGAAGGUGGGGUCCGUGGAGGGCAUGGUGUUCGCUCGUGAGGAGCGCACUUUGUACUGGACGUGCGCCUCCGCCCCCGCCCUGCGAGCCGUCCACGUGCCGGGGCUGGAGGACGAGCCCAUGACCACCAGGGGCAGACGAGUCCGGACCGUGCUCAUGUUGAAGACGGGCGACAGGCCCAGGGGGAUCGACUACGACCCCUGUGAAAAACGAAUAUACUGGACGAACUGGAACCAGACGCACCCUGCGAUCGAGCGCGUGUACGCGAGCGGGCGCGGCCGCCAGGCGCUGGUCACACGAGACAUACUGAUGCCCAACGGACUGGCCUUGGAGCACGAGGCACGUCUGUUGUACUGGGCGGACGCCAGGCUCGACAAACUGGAGAGGAUGAGAUACGACGGCAGUCACAGGAGGGUGGUGACCCGUGCGCGCUCCGAGCACCCCUUCGCCGUGGCCGCGGGCGGCGGCUGGGUCGCCUGGACCGACUGGCUGGCUCGCGGCGUGUUCGCAGCCGAACGAGGAGGAGGCGCCGUGCGCGCGCUGCGGACCGACGUGCCCAGACCCUGCGCUGUCGUGCUCGUCGCGCCACAUCAACAGACCUGUUCGUCGGACCCGUGCGCCGUCAUGAACGGCGGGUGUGCCGAGCUGUGUGUGGUGGACUCCAACCGGCAGGCGUCGUGCGCGUGCGGCGCGGGGCGUGUGCUGGCCCGGGACGGGCGCGCGUGUGCUCGGCCGGACAUGUCGUGCACGCCGGGGCAGUUCGCGUGUGCUGAGGGCCCGUGCCUGCCGCAGCACCUGGUGUGUGACGGCAUCCCGCACUGCGCCGGGGACACGGACGCCAGCGACGAAGACCUCUACUACUGCACGUCUCGCGUGUGUCCCGUGGGCUGGAUGAGCUGUGGUGCGGGCGGGCGGUGCGCGGCUCCGGAGCAGAGGUGUGACGGCCGCGUGGACUGCGACGACGGCUCCGACGAGUUGGACUGUGACUGCUCCGUGGAACAGUACAGGUGUGACGACGGCUCCUGUGUGGAGGUGGGGGCUCGAUGUGACGGGGUGUCGCAGUGUCCGGACGGCUCGGACGAGGCGGAGUGUCCGCGCUCGGCGUGCGAUGUGCCCGACGCGAGGAGCUGCGCCAGCGGGGAGCAGUGUUACGGCGGGGACGCCAGGUGUGACGGACACCUGGACUGCGACGACGGCAGCGACGAGGCCGACUGUGCAGAGAGUACGCUGGCUCCGAGUUUCGACGGCUCGGAUGGUUUCGAGGAGCAACCGGUACAGAGCUGCAGCGACAACCAGUUCCAGUGCGGGGGGAGUGGGGAGAGUGGGGGGGACGUGGUGGAGUGCAUCCCCCUUGCCUGGCGGUGUGACGGACGAGCAGACUGCACGGACGGAUCGGACGAGACUACACACUGCGGUCACCGGGAGUCGUCCGCGUGCGGGCCGGACUCGUUCCGCUGCGUGUCCGGGGAGUGCGUGCCCGCCGUGUCCCGGUGCUCGGGCUCCCCGCAGUGCGCGGACGGCUCGGACGAACGAGGCUGCGACUGUGCCCCGGGAACCUUCCGCUGUGCGCUCUCCGAGACUUGUCUCCAGACUAGUCUAUACUGUGAUGGUGAUGCCGACUGCGAGGACGGGUCCGACGAGCCCCCGGGCUGCUCUGCUCCCGUGACCACGAGCACGGCCUCCCCGGUGGGGUCUAUAAUCCCCCAUACCUCCCACAACUCCUCGUUCGCCAGCGAGCUGUGUGCCGGCGAGCCGGGGUCGUUGUACUGCAGGGGUCGCUGCAUCCCCGCGGCUCUCGUCUGCGACGGCCGCGACCACUGCGAGGACCAGCCUGACGGACCCGGCAGCGAUGAGGACCCCGUCAUGUGCUCGUCGUUCGCGGCGUCGUUCGGGUCGUCGGCGGAGGCGGCGGUGUCGGCGGGCUGUGUCCGCGGCGAGUGGCGCUGCGGUAACGGCGCCUGUGUGCCCCGACGCGCCCUGUGCGACGGACGGGACUCCUGCGGCGACUUCACGGACGAGUGGCAUUGCAACAUCAACGAAUGCCUCAUCCUCAACGGCGAGUGUGGUCACAACUGCACGGACCUGCCGGUGGGGCGCGCGUGCUGGUGUCGGGCUGGCUGGAGGCUAUCGGGCCGAGGCUGCACGGAUGUGGACGAGUGUCGCGAGGACCGGCCCUGCGACCACGGCUGUAGGAACACACCCGGCAGCUUCGUCUGCACCUGCAGCAGGGGAUACAGGCUGAUGGAAGAUGGAUCCAGCUGCAUGCCUGUGUCUGACAUAAAAGCAUCUUUGAUAUUCACAAACCGCUACUACAUCCGUCGCACCAGCAUCGUGGAGGAGGAGAGCUCGGAGGCGGCUGUGACGUCACUGCUCGUCCACAACCUCACUAACGCGGUAGCGCUGGACGCGCUGUGGGACCGGGGCUGUCUGCUGUGGAGUGACGUCACGCGGCUGGGCUCCUCCAUCAAGAAGCUGUGCGGGGUGACGGAGGGCGAGGCAGCGGCGGACGCGGGGCGGGCGGGGGCGCGGGUCCUCGCGGGGGCGACGCUACAGAACCCCGACGGGCUUGCGGCGGACUGGGUGGCCGGAAACGUUUACUGGUGCGACAAGGGUACCGACAGCAUCGAGGUGGCCAGGCUGGACGGCAGACAUCGCCGGGUGCUGCUGCGGGAGGGACUCUCCGAACCCAGGGCCCUCGCACUGCUGCCGCAACAAGGAUACAUGUACUGGUCCGACUGGGGCUCGUCUGCUCACAUCGGCCGCGCCGGCAUGGACGGCUCGGGACCCUCCAUCAUCAUCCGAGGUCUGGGCUGGCCCAACGCCCUGUCGCUGGCGCCGGCCUCCGGGGAACUGUUCUUCGCUGACGCCAGGGAAGACUACAUAGCUGUGGCUGAUCUAGACGGAUCACAUGUGCGAGUUUUGUUCUCAAGAGAUCGUAUGCCGUGGCUGCCCCUGCACCACGUGUUCGCGCUGGGCGUGUGGGCCGGCCGCGUGUACUGGACGGACUGGGAGACGCGCGCGCUGCACUCCUGUAGGAGGACACCGCACCGAGCGUACAAUGAGUCCUGGGGCGGCGGGCCGGCCGCGGGCGGCGCUUUGAGGUGUCGUGUUGAGGCGCGCGCCGUUCACAAACCUAUGGACUUGCGGGUGUUGCAUCCCGCACGACAACCGCCGCAAAGGGAACUAACGGCGCUCUGCGAGAAGUUAAACUGUACGGGUCUGUGCCUGCUGUCUCCGCUGGAGGGCGGCGCCACUGCUCACUGCGCGUGCCCCGAACACUUCGUGCUGGGAGCGGACGGUCGCUCGUGUUCCCCUAACUGCACGUCCGCCCACUUCGUGUGUCGCUCGUCCUUGAAGUGUAUCCCGUUCUGGUGGCGUUGCGACACACAGGACGAUUGCGGCGACGGGUCGGACGAGCCGGCCUCGUGUCCCGCCUUCCGCUGCUCCCCGGGACAGUUCCAGUGCGCCAACUCCCGCUGCGUCCACCCCGCCCACAUAUGUGACGGCGUGCAGCAGUGCGGGGACGGCAGCGACGAGCGGGACUGCGACGCCUUCACGUGCCUCGCCGCUCAGUUCAAGUGUCCGGCGGCCGGCCGGGCGCCCGCCAGGUGCGUGCCCUCCGAGGCGCGCUGUAACGGAGAGAAAGACUGCGCCGGGGGCGAGGACGAGAAAGACUGCCCGCCCGUCAGCUGUCCGCCGCAUACUUUCCUUUGCGGCUCGGGUGCGUGUGUUCCUCAAGUGUGGGUGUGUGACGGAGACGCCGACUGUAGCGACGGGUCCGACGAGCGCGGCUGCUCUUCCCGUCAGUGUGCUCGCGGGGAGUUCCGUUGUGCGUCGGGUCGUUGCGUGCCGCGAGAGUGGCUCUGUGACGGCGAGGCUGACUGUCCCGCGCUGGAAGACGAGGCACGCUGCGACGCUCAUGCCGCCUGCGAGCCCACCUAUUUCCGCUGCGCUGAUAUGCGCUGCAUCCCCGGGCGCUGGCGGUGCGACUUCGAGGAGGACUGCGCCGACGGCUCGGACGAACGAGGCUGCACGCCCAGGAACUGCUCCGAGUCUGAGUUUCGCUGCGAUAAUGGAGAAUGUAUCAGAGGAGCGCUGCGGUGCUCGGGGGCCGCGGACUGCGCCGGCGGGGAGGACGAGCGAGCCUGCGCCGCCGCCUGCCCGACCAGCGCUAAACUGUGCACGCACUCGCAGGAGUGCCUGCAAAAUGAGUGGUGGUGUGACGGGGAGGUGGACUGCGCAGAUGGCUCGGACGAAGACAACUGUACUUCUAGCGCCACGACGAUGGCCACUCACGCAGCUGCGACCCUGGAUUGCGGGACACGUUUACGUUGUGGUGGUGUCGGUGGUGGGGGGUGGUGCGCUCCGAGCGCGUGGCGCUGCGACGGUCGGCGUGACUGUGCCGACGGGUCGGACGAGGAGGCAGGGAUGUGUCGACACACCGUCUGCCCUCCGCCCAUGGUCCGCUGCGGAGAGAACACCUGCAUCCCACCCCAUCUGCUCUGCGACGGUUUCAGAGAUUGCGCUGAUGGCUCCGACGAAAAUCCACUCCUUUGUAGCCGUAGCCGCAGUCGCUCGGAGUCCUUGUGUCCUCGUGACCAACAGCUGUGCGGGGACGGUCGAUGCGCGCCAGCGAACGCUCCCUGUCCCUCCGAGAGCGGCUGCACUUGGCGCACGUGCUCGCAGCUCUGUCUGCCCAAGCACGCGCACAAUCACACCUGCAAAUGCGUGGCCGGAUACAAGCAACAUCAGCUGGCGGACGGAACCUUCACGUGCGAGGCCACAGGUGAAAAGGCGAAAGUGUUGGUAGCAUCGAGCGGGGCCCUCAAACUGCUGGAGCUUCACAAGCACGAACACGAGCCGCUGGUCGCCACGCCGCACUACAACGAGACCGUGGAGAUAGUAAGCGUGUGCUCGGCUCCGGUGGGCGGCGUGUGGUGGGCGUGGUGGGCGGACGGCCACGGCCGCAUCCGUCGUGUCCGGCUCGUGGCGGCUCGUGGUAAGCUGUCCCCCGGAGUCCCGGCUCGGUCGCCGCCGCUGCCCGACUCGUCACCAGACAUGCGCGAGGCGGAGACCGUGGUGGAGGACGCCGGCACUGUCCGCGGGGUGGCCGUGGACCCCUUGGCCGAGAGACUCUACUGGACCAGUGUUCACGGGACGGAGGGGUCCUGGGUGGUGGGAACCGUGCACGCUGCCAUGUUGGACGGCAGGCGACGGGUCACUCUGUGGAGACAACCGGGAGCAGAGCCCGAUGACCUGGUCAUAUCACUGGAGACUGGCGAGCUUUUCUGGUCGGAACGUGGGUCGUGGGGCCGCGUGUGGAGCGCCCGUCUCCACGGCGGGGGAGUCCGCACCGCAGUCUCUCACGGUCUGCGGCGGCCGACCGCCCUGGCGCUGCUCGGCCCCGCCCUCAGACUCUUCACCCUGGACGCUCACCGCGGCGUGCUACGCAGCGACGCGCUGAGCGGGACCGCCACCGUCGUGCACGCCGUGUUCGAGUCGGACGCCGCGCCACAACACGACGUGCCCACAUAUAAAGACGGUGCUCCGGUAUCGCUGAGCGGUCGGUCGUGUUCCCGCAUGGUGGUGUGGGAGGAGCACGUGUGGUGCGGCACUCCGCGGGGGCUACUGUCCGUGCCGCGGCGCCCCCGCCCCGCCCGCUCCCCGGCCGCCCCCGCCUCGGUCCACCUGCCGCGACACAGGGCUCCUGUGUCCGCCCUGGCUGUACUUCACCCCGCUCUGUUCUCUAUACUCGCUAACGCGGAGGAUCCCUGCAAGCUGUCCGACGGCCGGGAGUCCUGUCACCCCAGCGCUCUGUGUGUGCGGACAGGCCUCAAGGAGGGCGAGGCGCGGGCCUGCCUGUGUCCCGACGGACUGCAGCCCACCACCGACAUCAACGAUGAUGUGGUGAGGUGCGUGGUGUCGGUGUCUACCCCGUCUCCCCCCUGCUCUUUGCCGUGUUCCCCGGGCGCGUGCGUGGUGCUGGGCGGGCAGGCGGCGUGCUCGUGCCCCGCGCUGUUCUCCGGCUCGCUGUGUCAGCACUACCGCUGCGUGGACCACUGCGGACCCCACGCCCGCUGUCACGUGCUGCCCGAAAACGAUCACGCUCACGUCGGCGACCACGACCUCCCGCCCUUGACUUGCACAUGUUACCCGGGUUGGACCGGGGAGCGCUGCGACAGGCAGAUGGAAGCGAGCGACACGCGCGACAACGAGGCGCACACGGACGACACGCGACACGAGGACCGGGGCGGGGCACACGGGGUGGAGGACGAGUGCGCGAGGUGUGAGAACGGCGCCUCCUGCGAGAGGGGCCCGGGCGGCGUCACGUGUCGCUGCACUUCGCAAUAUACCGGUCCUCGCUGUACGGAGUGCGCCGGCGGAGCCCCGGGCGCCGCGUGUCGCCAGAGAGAAGCCGAGCUGUGCCGAGACUACUGCUACAAUAAUGGCUCGUGUUCGUUGUCGGCGGGCGCCGUGGCCGGGGAGCGUGUGGCGCAGUGCUCGUGCGUGGCGGGCUGGACCGGCGCCAGGUGUGAGCUGAGAGAUGAUGCUGCUGGAGGGACAGCUGAAUGGGGCUCGUGUACGGGCUCGUGUGCCCACGGCGGGCGCUGUGUGUCGGGCGUGGGCGGGGGAGCGUGCGCGUGCGCAGGCGCCUGGGGCGGCUCGCGCUGCAGGCACUACGUGGGCCAUGACAACGCCUGUGUGGCCAGAGCCUGCGCCCCUCCAGCUGUAUGCGUCUGGAAAGCCUCCGACAAUCCAUCUGAGCCGGGGACUCCUUACUGCGCCUGUUCAGAGGGCGUCCAGUGUUCCGACACUGGUGUGGGGGCGGAGGGCGCGGGCUGGGGCACCGCCGGCGGGGCAGCACUCCUCGCCCUGGCUGCUGUACUGGCAGUGCUGCUAGCGGCGCUAUACGUAGCCCACCGCCGGAGACACGGCGCGUUCGUCCACGCCCGCCUGUCGGAGGGAGUGGGCGAGGGUCUGGAGAUCAGUAACCCGAUGUACCUCGCCGGAGACGACGACCACGACACGGACACGCGCGACACACGGAAUAACGGCGGAAAUCACUUCGCGAAUCCCAUAUAUGAUAGUAUGUACGCACCGCAAGACACUAACCCCAGCGAGGUAAUGUUACAGACGGUAGAUAUGACGGGACGGACGGACACACACACGCACAGACAGGACCGACACUAGACACUACACCCACCACGACACACAGACACACUGACACUGUAGCUCCGUACAGAGAAGACGUCCGGUGACCGCGACCAGUAGAGUAGACUGUAGACUUGUAUGAGAUGGGAUAUAUAUCAUUACAUCCGACCUUAGAGAUUACAGUAGAGUAGUGACGGAUAGAGAGGGUGAUGAGGGUGGAGGGUGCGGGGUGCGGAGUGUAGGGCCGUUGUGGGUUGCAGGAGCAGGCGUCGCUACUGGAGGCGCCUCGGCGAGCCACGCCGUGACCGCCCCCGCAGCCAGAGUACGUGUGAUCCGCCUGGAGCCGCCCGCCGCCGACCCCUGGCUCUAGCCAACUCGUGCCAAACAUAUCUUCUUCACUCGCAUCGUCAUGUAACUAUAGCCUCAGCACAAACUGUCACUAGCUCAAAUCCUACGACUUUCCCUUAUUUAUUGACGUGUCCAGGACACGGGUACCUUUCGUUUGUUUCGUUCACGAACCUUCAUACCUUAUUUAAGUCUCAGAGCGUGUGCAGGUCAGACGAGUCAUUGUUUAAGAUUAUUUUUAUAUUUAUAUUGUGACGGAGUUCAGUCUGUUGAAGCUCAGUUCGAUGAAUGUGAUGUAUUUACCGUCAGGACCCUACACUUAGCGAGUCGAGUUAGUACAAUUGUUUAGUUUAGUUCGUACGCAGCAGAUGUCGCUGUUCACUAAUCUAUAAUUCGUGCCAUAUCUUGCGAGAAUAUUUCCAUCGAUUGCUAAAUCGAUUUCCGUAACCGGAACAAUUACACCGUUGGCUCGAUCACUUUGAUCGCACGACGCACGAUUAGGAAUUAAUGGUUGUAUAUAAAAUAUAAUAAACGAAGCUCAUCAGCUCAGGGCCUCGCGGCGACCGCGGCCACCGCGCGCCGGAGAGGACCCGCGAACGAAUUUUCUUCCCCUUAUCAUAGUCCUAAGAAUGUAUUGUAAGAUGUAAUAAAAACGAAAUAAAACAAAAUUAAAUCUGA